AUGAGUUGGAAACAUCGUACGACAUCUAAACUAAGUUCAUCAUCAAAUCGUUCAAAUCUUGCAUCAUCUCAAUCAUCAUCAUCCAUUCUCAUCACACCAAUUGUUUCUAUACCAACUUCAACAAUUGAUACAAAAUUAUCGAUAUUUUCACCAAUUGAAAGACGUUUAGCCAAAUAUCGAUCGCUACCAUUUCUUUGGCUACGAGCAUGUGGUAGUAAUAAACGUCGAAAUAAAGAUUCCUCCUUAGCGGCUAUUGUAACUAUAAUGCGUGAUGUGGAGAACACGUUGAGUGAAGAUGAAAUCUUCUUGACAAUGUUCAUCUACUAUUUGCGUCGUCAUGAUUAUACUGUUGCAUCAUUUUGA